AUGGCAAGCGAAUUUCCUUCAUUGGCACAUCUGGGCUCUGUUCCCCAAUCAUUGUUUAGUGGGACUGUAGCCAUCCUGGCAGUUGCAUGGUUCUCAGUAGUCCUGCGUGUCUAUGUUCGGAGUGUCAUGAUGAGAUCUUUUGGAUGGGACGAUUGGACCAUCAUGUUAGCCAUUGCGGCUUUCACAGUACAAUGUACAUACAUUAUAAAAGCCUCUCAGAUGGAGAUGCAACCACAAAAGUACAACAACGUUGAGGGUCUCUCAACUCUUGUAACAGACAUCAUCGCCUUUAGUGGAUCAUAUGCCAUUACUGGAGUCUUUCUGAAAAUCUCACUAGGGUUCUUCUUUCUUCGCAUUAUAGUCGAGCCGUGGCAAAGAAUGGUCAUCUACAUCUGCAUGGCUAUCAGCACCAUCUAUGGAUUCAUCUACUUUGGCAUCGUCACAUUUGGUUGCGGAGAUCCCCAGAAGUUCCUCUUACGCACAGUACAACACAAGUGCAUUUCGAUUGCCGAUGUCACCAUUCCUGCCAGCUAUGUGCAUACAGCUUUGAACGCGGCUACCGACUGGAUCAUGGCUCUUCUCCCCAUCGUCACCAUCUGGAAUCUCAAUAUGCCUCGCAUCACCAAAUUCUGGGCAUACCUCUUACUCGCGCUGGGAGCAGCAGGAAGUAUCGUCUCACUCAUCCGUUUCGGCUACGUUGAGGGUCUUCGUCCAGGAAAGAACUUCUUCAAGCAGAGCGCCAAGUUCGCUCUCUACAGUACCAUUGAGCCUGGUCUUGGUAUCACGGCUGUUUGCUUUGCAACCCUCCGACCGCUGUUCAAGAAGUGCCUUGAAGGCGCAAAGUCGGUCUCAGCUUCGCAGAACAGUCGUGGAGGCAGAAAGACACCUUCAAUGGUACCAGACAUUCAGCUUAAGGGACUCCCGUUGUCUAGAGCCCAUCAACGUGAGGGGUUCCGUACAUUUGGAGAGUCAGAGGACGAAGACUCACAGGGCUGGACCGAAGUAUCUGUCGUGUCUCAGGACUUGGAAAAAGGCCAGGACUCAAGAUGGCCACAGAACCCUCGACCGCUGUGA